AUGCCCAGGUCGGCGAUCAAGAUCGGCGUGAUUACUAACCUUGCCGGUUCUCAGGAUGAGAUCAUGGCAGAUUCAGCGGUCAACCAAGUCUACAUAGGAUACCGCAGAUUGAUGCAAGAUGACUAUGUCGCAGGGGUCCUGAGAUCUGGCAUAAUGAUCCGACUCAAAGAUUCCGCACGAUCGGAAUCUGCAGUGGUCGGCGAUUAG